AUGGCGAACAGAAAUGUUUAUACAAGAUCUGAGGAUCUCACGGCGGUGAAGAGUUCGUAUGUAGUAUACCAAAGGGUACCAGAAGACAGAAAUCUUGAACGGAUUUUUAAUGUGGAUGAAACUGCAUUAUAUUGGAAAAAGAUGCCAUCCAGGACUUACAUUGCCAAAGAAGAGAAGUCAAUGCCUGGAUUCAAAGCUGCAAAAGACAGGCUAACACUCUUGUUAGGGGCUAAUGCAGCUGGUGAUUGUAAGUUGAAGCCUAUGCUCAUUUAUCACGCCGAGAAUCCUAGGGCACUAAAGAAUUAUAGAAAAGCUAGCCUACCAGUUUGUUAUAAAUCCAAUGCCAGAGCAUGGAUGACUGAAGCUUACUGCAAGGAAAAGAAGAUUCCUUUCAAGAUUUUACUUCUUUCUGAUAAUGACCCAGGACAUCCUGGAGCUCUGAUUGGCAUGUGCAAUCCUGAGAUAAAUGUUGUUUUCCUGCCUGCAAAUACAACUUCAUUACUGCAGCCUAUGGACCAAGGUGUAAUUGCUAACUUUAAAAUGUAUUAUGAAAGGAGAACUUUCGCUAAGGCUAUAAAUGCCUUCGACAGUGAUACACCAGCAUCAAAAGAAAAUAAAUUAAAAGCAUUUUGGAAAGGUUUCGCCAUUCUAGAUGGUAUAAAAACUAUUAGAGAUGCAUGGGAUGAAGUUAAUGAAAGUCCUCUAAAGAAUCUAAUUCCAGAACUUAUGGACAAUUUUGAAGGAUUUGCAAAUCCAGUGGAGGAAGUGACUUCAAAUGUUGUGGAAAUGGCAAGGGAGUUGGAGUUGGAAGUAGAUCCUGAGGAUGUGGCAGAAUUGCUUAGGUAUCAUGACCAGCCCUUAUCUGAUGAAGAUCUUCUUCUGCUUGAAGAGCAAAGGAGGAUUUCUCAAGAAGAGGAGUCUCAUCCUGAUGAUAAUUCUGAUGUCCCGAGAGAAAUGACAACCCAGGAAUUGGAAGAAUAUAUCAACCACAUAGAAAUUGGAAAUGGUCACAAGUUUCUUGUCAGUGGCUACAGCAAUGAAGCAUUAAUUCAAAAGUAAUAUUUGUACAGGAAUAACAGGUGAUGUCCUCAUAUCACCUUAUGAGUUAGUGUUUCAACUCUUAGGGCGUCUUAUUUACAACAUAAAGCAGCUUCUGGACUCUCAUCACACAUGCUGAUGGAUGAGAUGAAUCAAAUUGACUUUGCGGCCUCUGGCCAGAUUUUACAUCUACCAUCUCCUACUGUGGGGACAUCUGAAGGGCAUAAUUUACUUGGAAAGAGUCAACAUCCACGACUAGCUUUGGCAUUUGAUUCAACGGCUGCGACAACAGCAGAUUUUCAGUGUACCAGUGCCACAGAUCAGUUACGCAUUCAAAGUAACAGACGACAUUUUCAGAAACUUUUGCCAAUACUUUAAGAACAUUAAAAUAAUGUUAAGGUAUUUUUAGGAACAAAACUGAAUAUGCUUCUAAUAAGGUGUUUUACGUGUCUCAUUUGAUUUA